UUGGUGUCACUUCUUCCAAUAACGCCGCCAAAGCGAUGAUGGAGCAAAACUCAGUUUUGUCUCUGUCUUUGUCUGUCUCGUAGUAAAAAAAAAAAAAAGAACAAACAUUUAAAGCUCUUGACAUGACUUCUUUAUUAUACUUAUCACUUCCAAUCUUCAUCAGAAAAUCCCACAAAACCUUCAAACCCUAACCAUGCCUCAUCACCCUCAUCAUAUUAACCCUCCUCUCCCACUUUCACCUCAACCCAUUUACGCCUCUGUUCCUUUACCCCACUUUCUUUACCCUCACAACUCUUCCAUGGCCUCCGGUUAUCCGUCCAAGCCCUUGAAUCCUAAUGCCGACCCAUUUCUCUCUGCACCGCCAACGUUUCUGCCUCCGCCCUCGCCCCAUUUUGUGUCGGGGUAUGGAAAUUUGUAUUACCCACGUGCCACUUCUGCUUACGCAUGGCAGUUUCAUAGUUUUCCGGCUGUUUCCUGCUAUAAUGCCUGGCCGCAGGUUGUGUGGCCGUCGUAUCAGCCGGCUGUGGGUUUCGGUGGUGGCGUUGUGGCGGAUUCCAAGCUGGGAAGAGAGUUUGUCGUUUCGAGUGGGCAAAGUAGAGAUAUCAAAUGUCCGCCGCAAUGGGUCGAGAAGAAAAUCAGUAGCGAUGAGGACAAUAACGCCGAUGUUGAUGACCCAGUUGAGAAAACUGUUCCUUGCUCGGGAAUUACAACGUUGAUGAUCAAAAACAUUCCCAAUCAGUUCAAGCGGCGAGAUCUUCUGCAGUUGUUGGACAGAUACUGUCAAGUGAUGAACCAACGAAGGGAUUCUCGACCUGAUUUCUACGUUUCUGAAUAUGAUUUCGUUUAUUUACCUAUGGAUUUCAUGAGAUCAUGGUACGAAGGGAAAGUGUCGAAUCUGGGUUAUGCGUUUGUAAAUUUCACUACAUCCAUGGCUGCAUCCCAGUUUUGCGCAGUUUAUCACAACUACAAAUGGGAUGUGAAUGUCAACAAGAAAAUUUGUGAGAUAACGGAGGCUAGGAUUCAGGGAAAGGAAGCUUUAAAGAACGCAUUCAAGAACAAAAUCUUCUGGUGUAGCAACGAUCAAUAUCUGCCUGUGAUGUUAUCUCCAGCGAGCAACGGUCGACGUCGUUACCGAAGGGUUAAUGUCGGAAGGCGCAUAGCUCGUCUUCCUCGCAAGCCGCUCAAGAAGUUGAGUUGUUGAGGAGGAGAGCUCACCAUUGUAGGUGGCCAGGCAUGGAGUUGGCUUGUGUUUUGGUUUUCUUUUCUUGUAGGUUGAUGAAAGGGGGUGGUGGUGGGUGUUGUGUUUUCAUUGUCUCCCCGACCGCCGCAGUUUGUUUGGGGAGAAUUGAAAA